AUGCAGCGAGCGUUGGCAUCGAGCGGAGCCUCCCGCAUCACGGACUACGAGCCGUUCUUGAGCGUGACGUCCAAGCGACGUCAGCCCUCCCCCAUCCGCUCCCUCCAGCCCCUCCUUGAGCUGCCCGGCAUGAUCUCGCUGGGUGGUGGCAUGCCCAACACGUCGUUCUUCCCCAUCAAGGGGGUGGACGUGCACCUGACGGACGGCACCACCCUCCCCAUCCAGGGCGCCGACAUGAACGCCGCCCUCCAGUACUCCUCCUCGUACGGUGUCACGGAGUUCGUGGAGUGGCUCAAAGACUACCAGACGCGCGAGCACCACCCGCCCUACGCUUCGAGGAAGGACUGGCACGUGUGCGUGACGAACGGGUCGUCGGACGCCAACGCCAAGGCCUUCGAGAUGCUCAUCGACCCCGACGACUACGUCCUCGUCGAGAACCCCACCUACAGUGGGUCGCUGGCGGGGCUGCGGCCGCUCGGGUGCCGGCUGGUGGGUGUGGAGACCGACCACUCGGGCCUCUCGCCUACCCACCUCCGCUCGCUCCUCGACUCGUGGCCCGUCGACCGCCCCAAGCCCAAGGUGCGCUUGUGCUGUACGUGA